AUGCUAGCUUUUCCCAUCAUCUCGCAGUGGUCUUCACCGGACCGCCUCGCGACCUCUGUCUCGGAAAACACGGGUAUCUACAGGAUGUACCUCUGCGUGUCGUUAUCCUGGGCUCAACCGACCGUGCUGACAAAAACGUGCGGACCCACGCUCAUAGAACUGAGGGUUGCGGCCAUGCUAAACGACGGAGAAGCACCGCGGUACAUUACUCAGUUCAAGAACCUCCAAGUUCUCUCGCUAGCGGGCGAUAUGUGCAAUUUCCCUCACUACGGCAAUCCGGAGCCGGAAUCAAUGGUCACGGCCUGCAUUCAGCAUGUACCUCUCACCGUCCUCCGUCUCUCCGUCUUGGCAGACUCGGUGUGGAACACCCCGCUUCCCGUUCUAUCUGGGCUGCACGAGCUUUCCCUGCAACGACCGCAGAGCCUGGACAAACUUAGCAUUGUCUUUCAGCACUGCUCGCAGCUGCGGACACUCAACGUCUUAAUCGACAACGUGGCCUGCAAGCAACAAUUCAUCGCCGUCCUAGAGGCUGCGCCAGCUGCCCUUCCACACCUCACAUCGUUCAAGUUCAUUUCCUGCUCGCGCGAGGCGCCCAACAUCAAUCCAGACCUGCUCGCCGCGUUUCUCAAGAACAAGGCGAUGCGACGACUCGACCUCAGGUUUUACAAUCGAUUGGAGGACGUCACCGACUACACGCGUUUUCUGGACAUGGUCGCGAGCUUGCCGAAACUUGAGGUCGCAGGUCUCGUGCUCAGGGGCGAGAAGUUCACGCGCGAGCAUCUGCAGCUGUUGGAUGAACGUCUUCCGCUGGGGCUUUCCGCGCUGCUUUUAAACUGGCAAUUCCGUUCUGCUGACGACACUAUCCAGAAGGGAGAUUGGAUCGCCAUGCUCAAGCGACGCCCGUCGCUGGCCUACUUUCACGUCCUGGACCCUGGGGACGGUCUUGACCUGUGCAAACUGCUGCUGAAGGACCACCCGCCGGCCCUCGAAUUGGUCGGGUACGGCUCGUGCCUAAGCACUUUUCAGCGCGACCUCGCGACUGGUGAGGCCGCCUACGGACCGAUGUGGGACGAGGAGACGACCGGUUUCCGGACGGUGGAGGACUUCGGGUGCGAAGACUGGGAAUGGCUGCUGCGGAACCACGACUGGAACAGUCUGCAUUCUUUGGAGCCGUAUGAUUACUUCAGGGAAUGUUGGCGCCACAUCCACUGCUGAGUGCCGGUGGGGGCGACGUGGUUGCGCGGGUGGGUUGGAGAGCAUGCAGUGGCGGGAGGGAUA